AUGGCCUCUCGCCGCUGUGCAUCGGCGCUUUGGCUUAUGCCAUGCAGAUGGCGGCUCGGCUAUGGCAUCCGGCCGUUCCUGCCGCCGCAGCUCGCACCAGUCGCACGCAGUUAUCAAGGUCCCGAGUUCCGGUCGGCCGCAUCGCGGCACUAUGGUGGCGGAGCGGAGUCCAACGAGAAGGCGCUUCAGAUCCAGCGUAAGAAGAUGCUGUACCAGGCGCGUAAUCGGGGGGACCCCCUUCUCGCCGACUUCUUGGUGGGCUUCGUGGAGGCUAAAGGUCUCGAGUUGACCCUCGAGGAUGGAGAAUCCUGGGCCAAGCUGAUGGAGUGCGAGGAGGAGUUCCUGAUGAACCUGGCGGCUGCGAAAAUCGAAGUGCCAGAAGAUCUGAACUCACCGCUCCUAGGGCGCCUGCAGGAGUUCUUAGCUGCUGGUCCGCCGCGGAAGGGUCUUACCGGAGACAGCCCUUGGGGGCGAUGA